AUGAAUUCCGACGAUGAGCUUCGCGUGCGUGUCGAUGAGAUUUCCCGCCUUCUAGACACAGUUGAAGCGAUCAACCUCUUCCGACUCGUCAUCGGUCCAUGUGACUUUGGACAAUCCGUGGAGAACAUUUAUCACCUCUCAUUUCUCGUCCGUGACGGGACCUGCUCCUUCCGAGUAGCAGAGAACGGUGAACCCUUGGUUGCCCGCUGCCAACCUUGUCCUCACGAAGAACGCGCCAAAGGCGUCAAAUACAAUCAAUUGGUCAUGGAGUUCGACAUGGCGACCUGGAGGCGAGCCAUCAACAUCUUCGACAUUCGGCAUCCUUUCAUUCCCCAUAGAGCCAGGCGCCCUGCUGGCUCAUGA